GUCAAGCAAUAAAAAAUGUUGAAACAUUCCUCGCUCUUUUCCUCCCAGAACCCUCCAGACUGCAGUAAGGCGAGAAAGCUGGUGUGUAACAUCAAUAAGGGCUGUGGUUAUGGCUGCCAGCUGCACCACGUGGUGUACUGCUUCAUGAUCGCGUACGGCACGCAGCGCACGCUCAUCCUGGAGUCCCACAACUGGCGCUACGCCCCCGGGGGCUGGGAGACCGUGUUCCUGCCCGUCAGCAACACCUGCACCGACCGCGCCGGGGCCUCCACCGGACACUGGUCAGGAGAGGCCCACGAUAAAGACGUCCAGGUGGUGGAGUUGCCCAUCGUGGACAGCCUCCACCCUCGGCCCUCCUACCUUCCCUUGGCCAUCCCCGAGGACCUGGCCCCGCGCCUGCACCGUCUCCACGGCGACCCCUCCGUCUGGUGGGUGUCCCAGUUCGUCAAGUACCUGGUACGACCUCAGACGUGGCUGGAGAAGGAGAUCCAGCAGACCACCGCCAAGCUGGGCUUCAAACACCCCAUCAUCGGAGUCCAUGUGAGGAGGACGGAUAAAGUGGGGACGGAGGCGGCCUUCCACCCCAUCGAGGAGUACAUGCUGCAUGUGGAGGAGCAGUUCCAACAUCUGGCCAGACGUGUCCACAUCGACAAGAAACGAGUUUACCUGGCAACCGAUGACCCCUCCCUGCUGCAGGAAGCAAAGACCAAGUAUCCAGAGUAUGAGUUCAUCAGUGAUAACUCCAUCUCCUGGUCGGCAGGCCUUCACAACCGCUACACUGAGAACUCGCUGAGAGGAGUCAUCCUGGACAUCUAUUUCCUGUCUCAGACCGACUUCCUGGUCUGCACCUUCUCCUCACAGGUCUGCCGUGUGGCCUAUGAGAUUAUGCAGACGCUGCAUCCAGACGCUUCCUCCUACUUCUAUUCCCUGGACGACAUCUACUACUUUGGAGGUCAAAACGCCCACAACCAGAUCGCCAUCUACCCCCACCAGCCGCGCAGCAGCGAGGACAUUCCCCUGGAGCCCGGAGACGUGAUCGGCGUGGCGGGAAACCACUGGGACGGAUACUCCAAAGGCAUCAACCGCAAAAUGGGCCGCACUGGCCUCUACCCUUCCUACAAGGUCAAAGAGAAAAUUGAGACUGUGAAGUACCCGACGUACCCCGAGGCUGACAAACUGCUCAACGCUCAAAAUAACUAAAAGAAGAAAUGAAAAAAAUAAAAGAAGCGAAGGUGUGAGGAGAAACACGCAGACUCCGAUUCCAGGGAAGGAGGCUGCUUUUGUACAGAAUAGAGAGGCGUACUUAGUGCGCUAAGCCGCGAAGAAAAGAAGAAGCCUGUACCCAGGGGUGAUGGGGAUGAGAAUGCACUCUUAUGUGAGAGCGUGUGUUUGUGUGUAUGCGUGCGCGAACAUGUGUGUGCACUUGUGUAAAUGCCUGUGCAUAUGUCAGGUCAUGGAAGACUUGCACCCUACCACUGCUCCCCCUGCCCGAUGCUCCGACGUCGGCUCUGUAGAGAUGUAGACGUGAACAUUGAUUUUAAAUAAAGCAAGAAAACAAUUAAAAUCUUCACAACUGACCGAGCCCGCUCACCUGAGACAGGACUGGGACUACUGUAAGACUCGCACGCUGGAGUGAGCUUCGAAUCAAUGACUGAAAAAAAAAAUGAUGAUGACAAACUGGACAAAAAGUGUUUUUGAUUUUUAUUUAAUUGCUUUCAGUGGUUCUGAUUCUAAUCUUGCCUUUUUUUCUUUCCCUCCUGUUUUUAUUUUGUUUACUGAAUGUACUGUAUCCUCUUCUUGCCAUGCUCACCGCCCCCCCCCAUUCCCCUUUUCCACUCACUGUGCUUCCUCCAUCUCGUCUUUUCAUGUGCAAUUAAUUUUAAAAAAUACCAUAUUGUGCUUUUAUCAAGUGUUUUUAAACGGUCUUAAUUUUGUGCGUAUGGGGCUGGUGCAUUGUAUACUGUACAGUGUGUGUGUGUGUGUGCAUGUGAGGAUGGAUGUGUGUGUGAGAUCAAGUGUGCCUGUGUGUGAUGUUUUAAGGGGCCAUGUGACGACCUGGUGCCUGAUUCAUGGUGAGCAGUGUGUUUUUAUCUAUUCUGGCUUUCCUCCUGACUGAAUAGUGUUUGUAUGGCAGUGACAGUGGGGACUGUCCUCCUCA